UUGACAUAAUUUGUGUUUUGGGGAAGAAGAAAAUUGUAAAAAAUCUUGAAAUUCUUAUAAGUCCGAAUAUAUAAUUAAACAAAAUAUUAUAUUAGUAGUGACUGGCGUCACAGUUUAACGCUAAAGAACUUGUUUUCUGUGAUUGCGGUUGUUGGUUUGGGAGUUUAGUACGAUUAUACUCUGAUCUCCUAAAAUGCCAUCCAAGCAAAGGAAAAUAGCUAUGAUGGGAUAUAGAUCUGUUGGCAAAUCAUCUCUAAUCAUACAGUUCGUGGAAGGGCACUUCGUCGAUUCAUAUGAUCCGACAAUAGAAAAUACAUUUACCAAGUUCAUAAGGCUUAAUUCAACAGAGUAUGAAGUCAAAUUGGUAGAUACAGCAGGCCAAGAUGAAUACAGCAUUUUCCCACUUCAGUACAGCAUGGAUUUUCAUGGCUAUGUAUUAGUGUAUUCUAUUACUUCAAGUAAAAGUUUCCAAAUCGUUCAAAUCAUAUAUGAUAAACUAUUGGAUAUGGUAGGUAAAAUACAUGUACCUAUUGUGUUAGUGGGUAACAAAACAGAUCUGCACCUUGAAAGAAAAAUAAGUACAGAGGAAGGAAAAAGGCUGGCUGAAAAGUGGAAUGCUGCUUUUGUGGAAACUAGUGCAAAAAGAAAUGAGUCUGUCACCGACAUGUUUCAUGCAAUGCUAUCAGAAAUAGAGAGAUCAGAUGGACAUAUGCCUGAAAAAAAUGGAUGUAUUAUAUCUUAAUGAAAAUCUGAACAGGCAAUGCUUAUGUAUGCAUUAUAUUAUUGAUACUUUGUGCACAGCUAUUGUAAUAUAAAUAUUUAGCAACUUUUGAGAGUUGUUUAGCUCUAAAAAUUACCUCAACAUUGACAGUGUUGUCAGAUGUAUGAAGCAACGAUUGUGUGCAUUGUUAAAUCAAUAUCUUCUGAAAAUGCUCCAAUGUCUAAUUCUUCUUCUGCUUGUGGCUCGGGUUCACCUGGACUCUGCUGUACGUCGACCGGUUACGAUCUUUUGUGACGCCGCUGUCUAGUUUUUUCCUAGAGAGUAUUGGGUGUACCAGGAACAGCAGCAGUUUCUUCGCUGGGAAAGAUUUAGCAACUUCUGGUUGUAUUAUAUACUUUCCCAAAAUAUAGCUACGUUUAUGCAUCAACGCGGGGCAAUAACAGAUUAGGUGCAGCGGCGUCUCCGCAGCCUCCUUACUGAGUCUGCUAUGUUCCGUUGAUUGUUUAGGUUGAACUUGUGCCUGUUGAGUCCACUAUGCCCCGUAAGCGCUCGUACUAGGAUGCAUAGGUAUUUUCCGUUAAGUGCUAAUGCCUCUGACGCAGCCCUUCUAUUGAAUGGUUUUAUUAGCACUCGAGGAUGCUUCAUUCUUGGGAAUUGCUAUAGGUUUGUAGGGUGAGUUGCGCCAGGCUUUUUGGAAUUCAACAUAUUGGCUCAGGGCCUCAUAUCCAAAGCCCCUGUUUAUGCAAGUAUAUCGGCCUUUUCCUUGCCAAUGAUCCCCUCAUGAACUGGAACCCAACGCAGAAUGACCUUGUUGAAUAAUGUCAUGCUAUUUAGGAUUUCCCUCUAGUUUUCUACCAACUUUGAGGUCAGAACCUCGUAAGAUAAGGCGGAAAGUGCUGCUUUACUGUCCGAAUGGAUAUAAAUGUUAUUUUUAUUGUUUUAGUCUUUUAGCAGGCAGGUUUCAAACACCGCUUGGAAUAUGGAGGAAUAGGCAACCAGAUUACGGUGUAGCUCUACCCUGGCAGUCUCAUGAAAUAUUCCACAUCCUACAUUCUUGCCUGACUUGGAGCCGUCUGUGUACCACUGUAGGCUCCCAGGUUUCCAAGUGGUCCGGUUUAUAAAACGUUUAGUGUAGUGCCUGAGGAAGCCAGUGUGACUGAUCAAAAAGAUCUUUGUAAUUGAAGAAAUUACAAUUUACACUGUGCAGAUUUCCCUGGUGUUUGUGGAAUUUAGCAAAUUAAGCCUUAUGUUCAUCGUAUGUCAUGGAAUUCUGCAAAAAAAUUACCUGCUUCUAUCCAAAUAUAUUAUAAUAGUUUUGAAAUAUUUCUUGAUUGAGUUCAAUUCACUAUUAUUAUUACAAACCAACGCAAAGUACUUAUGUAUAACCGUUUUAAAAAGACAUCUGGCAACACUGCUUUUAAAAAAAUUGUUCCAAUAAGGUCAUAAUAAUAUAAUGGCAUAUUUUUUGCCAGACAGUUUGGCUUCUGAUACUAAUGUAUCAGAUCAUUAUGAUACAAGUGUGCUAUAUUGAUCAUUACACUUGAGUCAGAAGUAUUCGUGCGAUCCGCAAGUGGGCGGGAUUAAGUAAUUAUCAAUGCACACGCGUUUCAUAGUUCAUAAUACGUUUUUCAACACACUUUCGAGGGAACAAACUUGGAUGUAGUGUCACAAAUUUUGAAUUAUUAUUUUUCAAAGUAAUAACAAAUAGUUUUUGCUGCAAUAAUUUCGUUAUUUAAGACGCUAAGUAUUUUUUAAGUGGUUACCAACAUUGACACACUUCUUCUGCAAUAAUAGAGAGGCGAAUAUUUUCGUAUUUAUAUCAUAACCUAUUGUUGUGUAAUAAAUGCGUUUUAUUAUGUUUCUAUUAAUUUGUAAAUAAUUUAUAAGGAGGUACAAUUUAUAUAUUAAAAAAACUCUGUUUGUGCCUCUUUAAAAGAGAAGUCUUUGUCUUAACGUUUAGUGAGGUACAAACUUAACUCAAUCGGAAUCCUUAUCACAAAACAAAAUAAUAAAACUCGCGAAUUUACUAUCAAGAUUACUAAUCUGAAAGUGAUGUAGUAAGAUCGAAGUUUCGAGCAAGUGUGGGGGAAAAAAUAUUAUUCCUCAUAUUUUUUUGAUACAUAAUUCACAAAUUUAUGUGUAAACUAAAACAGAUAGCUCUUGAUUAUAAUUGUGUAUACAACGUGUAACCGAAUUACGAAAUACUGUUAAAGGGUGCAUAAUUAUAUAUC